AUGAAGUCACCAACUCAUACUUCUUCAUCCCAGGUAACCGGCGCAUCCGGGUAUAUCGCCUUUGCCGUCGUGCACGAACUGCUGGAGAAGGGCUAUCGCGUCAGAGGCUCCGCACGCGGCGGCAAGGUUGCUACCCUGCAGAGUAUCUUCGCAAAGUACCCGCUUUUCGAGGCAGUCGAGGUCGCAGAUAUCGCGUCCUCGGACCUCUCCGACGUCUUCAAGGGUGUCGACAAGCUCAUCCAUAUGGCUGCUCCGCUCGUGGGUCGCGCGACACCUAAGGAGGCAACCUUUAAGCUGGGUAUUCACGGGACAGUGCACGUCCUGAACCACGCUGCCGCCGCGGGGAUCAAGAAGAUUGUUGUCACUGCUCCCCUAGACUUCAAUUCAGUCACCAUCGAAGCCGCGAGUGCGCCGGAUUCCGAUCCUUGGCUAGCCUAUGCGGCGGAGAAGACGUUCACUGAGAAGGCGGUCGUCGAGUUUGGGGAAAAGCACCCCGAGAUCGACAUUUCGAUCGGUACGUUCCUGCACUUCAUCGUGCCGAGGCAAUAUUUGACGUACCAUAGUCGAGCCUCCCUUCGUCUUUGGGGCCUAUGCGCCAGGAUUUGA